AUGAUCCCCACGCUCGCCGUCCGUGCCGCUCUCCGCGCCUCGGCGCCGGCCCGUGCGCCCGUCAAGCCCGUGUUCCAGCCGCACGUUGCGCGCUUCUCGGUGGAGAACUGCGUCAAGUGGAUCCCGUCGCUCGCCUUCUGGGGUGUCGGCGCCGGCGGUGCCGCCACGCUCUUCCUGAGCGGCGUGCCGCUCUUCCAGGAGGACGUGCUGAAGAAGUUCCCGAUCCUCAGCGACUUCUACGCCGACAAGACGCCGGACUCCGACAAGCCCUUCUAAAGGCAAGGAUGGAGGAGGAUACCGGCGGGAAGGGACUAGAUGCGGAGGGAGCUCAGGGG